AUGGCCACAUCAACGUCUGCAAAUCCACAUAAUGCACCAAAUGCUCGAAUUGAAAGUCUGGCAAGAAAAAGAAAAGUAUCAGCUAUUAUUUUCUUAGUUUUUGGUAUUUUAUUACUUGUUGCCGGUUCUCUACUUGCUUCUUAUGAAAAACAACGAUUUUCUGUUUCAUUUAUUGUUUUCGGUGGUAUCGGUAUUAUAUUUGCUUUUAUGUAUUGGAUAUCGGCUCAAAAAAUCCUAACAGCAUUACGAAAACUCAAUGCUCAACGAAUGAGACAAGCAAGAUUUCAAGCUCAAAAUUCUGGUUCAGUUAAUUUUACAAGUAUGACUAGCAGAGAUUUCCAUCGAUAUUCAAGUCCAUUCCACAUGAGUUUACCCAGUUAUGAACAAAGUAUUUUGCGCCCAAUAGACGUUCCGCCAUCAUAUGAAGAAGCGAUUAAUGUUAAAUCAAUAAAUGGUACUACGAAUUACUCUAGUCACGAUUCAUCUACUGUUCCGAUUCAUUCAAUAUCACUUGCAGUCGAUCAAGCUGAAAAUGCUACUACUACUAAUUUUACAAAUCAAGAAAUACCGAAUCGAAAACGUACUGCACUUAAUUCUUCAUCACAAUAA